AUGUUAUCACCAUCCUUUCAUCACUUUAGCGAUUCUGUCCUACAAAUUCCUGAUCCUACCACCUAUCACCAAGCUGCAAAACUUGCUUGUUGGAGAUUAGCUAUGAAAGAUGAAUUAAAUGCUCUCAUAGGCAACAAGACCUGGAUCAUUGUUCCAUUGCCACCUGGUAAAUCUAUUGUUGGUUCUGCCAUGUUUAACUGGACACUUCCUCAGCUAGAUGUCAAUAAUGCUUUCCUUAACGGAGAGCUUCAUGAAGAGGUUUAUAUGGACAUACCACCAGGUUAUCACCUUCAGGGGGACUCCAAACUUAAGAGUACUGCAGCUAACAACCUGGUGUAUAAACUUCAAAAGUCUUUGUAUGGCUUGAAGCAAGCAUCCAGGCAAUGGAACCUCAAGUUUACUGAAUGCUUGCUUAAACAUGGAUACAAACAUUCAAGAUCUGAUUAUUCUUUAUUUACCAAGAAGGUUGAUGAGAAGUUUGUAGCUCUUCUUAUAUAUGUGGACAACAUCAUCAUUGCAAGCAACAUCAAUAAUUUAGACGAAGAAUUAAAAGGAGUUUUAAAGGCCAGCUUUAAACUGAAAGAUUUGGCCAAUCUAAAGUAUUUUCUGGGCCUUGGGAUAGCAAGAUCGAAGAAGGAAAUUUCUGUAUGUCAGAGGAAGUAUACACUAGAGUUAUUACAGGAGUAUGGUCAGUUGGGUUGUAAACCUAGCAGGAUUCCUUUUGAAGUAAAUCACAAGCUUGUAAACACUGAAGAAGACAGGCUUAAUGAUCCGAGUUUCUACAGACAGUUAGUGGGAAAAUUGUUAUAUUUAACCUUGACCAGACCAGAUAUUUCUUAUGGCGUGCAUGUGCUUUCUCAGUUCAUGGAAAGGCCUGCGAAGGUUCACCUAGAAGUAGCUUAUAAAGUGCUUAGAUACUUGAAGCAGACACCAGGUCAAGGUAUUUUAAUGUCAUCAACCUCAGAAUUGCAUUUGAAAGCUUACACUGUUAGCGAUUGGGCUUCUUGUCAAGAAACAAGAAAAUCAAUCUUUGGAUAUUGCAUUUUUACAGGUAAUUCAAUGGUAAGUUGGAAAACAAAGAAGCAAAACACUAUGUCGAGGAUUUCUAUAGAAUCUGAGUACAUGGCCAUGGCAGUCACCACAAGCGAGGUGUUAUGGUUAACGUAUUUGCUGAAGGAUGUCGAAAUGACAUUAACUAAACCUGUUGAGCUUCAUUGUGGCAACAUUUCUGCCCUUCACAUAGCCAAGAACCCUCUCUUUCAUGAAAGAACAAAACACAUAGAGAAAAGAUCGUUUUAA